UGCCUACAAAUAUAUAUAUAUAUCCAGAAUUGUUGUUGUGCAAAAAUUGAUGAUCUGAGUCACAUGAGUCGACAAUUAGCAAGAAAUUGAAGCCUUCGAAUUUAUUGAAAAUCUUUAAACAACUCUUAUUAUUCCAGGGGCAUAAAAAUUGAAUGAACAAGAGCUCUAAUACAAAGGCUUAGUUGGAUGAAGUUCACGAAAUUUCGUGCAAAAUUUACGGAUAAAACGACUCUUCGACAAAGAGCUUGGAAAAAACAAGAAAUCUGGGAAUAUAAAAAAUUUCUAAGACCAAUAAUUCAACUAACGCAGACUCUUUGUUUGGAGUAAAGCAAACAUACGAAAUAACUCGUAGUAUGGAUUACUGAUCUGCUAAUGCUGUAUCAUCAGUUGCAUUCAAAUAACGAAAUGGAGAAAUUUAUGACUGGCCGUCCGCAGCGUAAUCGGCGACAUAGCAGACGCGCCUGGCCACCCGAAGAUGAUCUACAUCAACCCCGCCUCGUUAAGCGUCUCUUUACGCCCGAUAUUAAACGCAUGUUGAAGGAUUGGCUUGUGCGUCGACGUGAAAAUCCCUAUCCAAGUCGCGAGGAAAAGAAACGCUUAGCUAUCGAAACCGGUCUGACGUAUACGCAAAUCUGCAAUUGGUUUGCCAAUUGGCGGCGUAAGUUAAAGAAUUCCGAACGUGAACGCAAUCAAAGAUCUUGGGGUCAUCUCAUUAAGCAUUACAAUACAAAUGCACGCGGCAAUGUGGAACAAUUUAGUAUAUCAUCAGAGGAUAGUAUUUGGGAGGAGGAGGAAUUUCAAAGAGAUAAUGAUGAUGAUGAUGAUGAAUUCAAACGUAGUGAUGUUGAUGAAUAUGAUGAAUCGCGUGAAGAUGGCAUCUCUAGUGGCACCGAGGGUACGGGCAGCUCUUCGAGAGGAUAUUGUUAUAAUAAUUUUAAACAAAUACAGCCUGCUUUAUUGAAGCAAGAAUUAUGUGAUUUACGGCAUACAAAAGCACCAAGCACCUGUAGAGCUAUCGGGGUGGCAUGCCCGAAUAAUGCUAGACUUUAUAGCGAGGCGACAACGGCGCAACAAGUAACAAAUAGUUUACCGCAAGUACUUGAGAAACCCAACUUGAUCGUGCAAACUGCAAAGUACAAACAGAAAAUGAUGGAAAAAUAUCUGCGCGAUACUAAUGAAGCAAAAUCAGUUAUACAUACUCUAAACGCUGAGUUAAACGCCAAACAGAUUGAUAUCGGUGCAGCCGGCGUUGGUGAUGCCGUAAGUAAUGUUGGUAAUACAGCCUUAUCGAAGUGGCUAGAGAGUGCGGCACGUUUCACGCCAGACAAAAAUAACUAUUUUAUCGAGUGGAAUGGUAGAACCGGCAAAUUGGAGCGCAAACAAUGCAUUAAACAACUACGACGUGUGACCAUUAUACCGGCUAACUCAAACAACCUGCAACAUCAAAACACAAAUUCCUGCCCAACACAAUUAGAAUUGGACGCUGCUGAGGCGUUAGCAAAUAUGGCAUUUAAUUGCCGACAACGAGUUAUGGAUUGUAAUCAAACUAAUGGUAGUCUACAGAGAAUAAAUGCAAUUGGUUCCUAGUUAUUAUGCACAUACAUAUGUAUGUUUGUAUGUACGAGUAUGUGUAAAGGGAUUUUAAAAUUUACAUCACACGAAAAAGCAUUCCAGUGUAAAUAUUUGGGUGCAAAAGCAAAAGAGAUAUUAGAAAAUUAUCUUUCUAUCAUUAAUAAAGAGUUUAAAAGACAAAGAAAUGAGUGCGUAAAGAGCGAAUGAUUAAAUAAAAAAUAAAAUAUCUAAAAGAAAAAUA